AUGUGGGCGGCGCGGCGCUCCGAGGCAGCGGCGAAGAUGGUGCAGGACCACAUUCGAGGCAAUCUCUUCCUGCGGUGGAUGCAGAUGCGCGAGAUCCCUGCCGCGCUGCUGAUCUUUCCAGCAGAGAGGAACAAGGCCAAGGCUCCGCCCAAGGACUUCCUGUGA